GUAAACACCUUCCACGCUCGUUUCAGCUUUCUUCUCCCUCCACAGGUUGUUGGCUCCCCGCGACGCUCGACGCACCUCCACGGCACCUCCGUCAAGCACCCUCCCAACGCUUCACCUUCGCUCCUUUCCGUGUUUGUUUGCUUGCGAGAACCUUUUCAUUUGCUACACCGUUUUCCACCAUGUCCUGCCCGAAGUGGCGCGCGGAGCACCUGCUCAUCAAGUACAGCGGCAGCCGCAAUCCGGUGUCGCGGCGCACGGGCCAGGCCACCAUGAUGUCGUACGACGACGCCGUGAAGGAGCUCGAGGAGUGGCGGCAGUCGAUCGUCUCAGGCAAAAUCUCCUUCGAGGACGCCGCGCAGCAACGCAGCGACUGCGGCAGCUACGCUCGCGGCGGCGACCUCGGCGAGUUCGGCCCGGGUGAGAUGAUGAAGCCCUUCGAGGACGCCACGAAGGCGUUGCAGGUGGGGGAGAUGAGCGGCAUGGUGGUCACGGACAGCGGCGUGCACCUGAUCAAGCGCACGGCGUAG